CUUUGUCCUAAAUCAGAAAUAAAUGAGUCAUUCUUUUCUCUGCUCUCCUGUCCCCGGGAAUUCACAAGGAAUUGAUCUCAAUGCUCCCUUAUGGACUAACAUCUCUAAGAAGAUGAUGAGGUGUUUGCAUAUAACACCAUAACUCAUCUUCAGAUCAUGUGCAACACACUGUGAUGAAAGAGGUAUGCAAACAGUUGUUUUGUCUAGAACAGUGGCGAGGAGGAGUCUGUAUUUGUUCAGUUCAGACCCUGCUGGGGACUUCUGACUAUUUCCUGGCUUGGUUGGCUGAAUGUAGAAAUGCAAAACCCUCACAUGUCAGAUCACCCGUACCUGUGAAAUUUAGACCAAUGCUCCAUUCCACCAGGAUUCCAAUAUCUGACUCUUCUCUCUCUUCCUUCUUGCUCUAGGCUGUAGUGUCUUACUAGGGAGCUGUGCAAAUGCAUGGCUGCCAGAGAGACAGGACAAGAAUGCGAGUGAUAAAUCACAAAACCCAGCUAGCCACUCCAAAGAAAGAUUUCUCCCCAUGAUUCAAGGGCCUUAGAGAUCCUUCAACAUCAAAUGAAAAGAUGCAGCCAGUAGACAGAAAAUGAAAGCCACCCAAGCGCUGGAGGGUGCCCUUGCAGCCACUUCUGUCCAGGUUCCGAGUUUCUCUCCACGAUGGUCUGUAACAGCACAUCCAUCGGGACUUACGAACAUCUGCUGCAGAAUGUGAGCAAUGCUUUGGACCCCGGGGCCACCCCACUGUCCGCACCACUCAGGAUCUCACUGGCAAUAACGAUGCUGCUGAUGAUCGUGGUAGGAUUCCUCGGGAACACGGUGGUCUGCAUCAUCGUGUAUCAGAGGCCGGCCAUGCGUUCAGCCAUCAACCUGCUGCUGGCCACCUUGGCCUUCUCUGACAUCAUGCUGUCCUUAUGCUGCAUGCCUUUCACGGCCAUCACCCUCAUCACUGUCCGCUGGCACUUCGGGGACCACUUUUGUCGGCUCUCAGCUACACUCUAUUGGUUUUUUGUCCUAGAGGGCGUGGCCAUCCUGCUCAUCAUAAGCGUGGACCGCUUUCUCAUCAUCGUGCAGCGUCAGGACAAGCUGAACCCACGCAGGGCCAAGGUGAUCAUCGCAGCCUCCUGGGUGCUGUCUUUCUGCAUCUCUGCGCCCUCCUUCACCGGCUGGACGUUCAUGGAGGUGCCGGCUCGGGCCCCACAGUGCGUUCUGGGCUACACUGAGUUCCCAGCCGAACGCGCCUACGUGGUGAUGCUGGUGGUGGCAGUGUUCUUCGCGCCCUUCGGCGUCAUGCUGUGCUCCUAUCUGUGCAUCCUCAACACGGUGCGGAAGAACGCCGUCCGCGUGCACAACCAGUCAGACAGCCUGGACCUCAGACAGCUGACCAGGGCUGGCCUGAGACGGCUCCGGCGGCAGCAGCAGCAGGUCAGCCUGGACCUGAGCUUCAAAACCAAGGCCUUCACCACCAUCCUCAUCCUCUUCGUGGGCUUUUCGCUGUGCUGGCUGCCCCACUCAGUCUACAGCCUGCUGUCUGCGUUCAGUCGGCGGUUCUAUUACAGCGCCUCCUUCUACACCACCAGCACGUGCGUCCUGUGGCUCAGUUACCUCAAGUCUGUCUUCAACCCCAUCGUCUACUGCUGGAGGAUCAAGAAAUUCCGCGAGGCCUGCAUAGAGUUGCUUCCCCAAACUUUCCAAAUCCUCCCUAAAGUGCCUGAGCGGAUCCAGAGGAAAAUCCAGCCGAGCACCGUCUACGUGUGCAAUGAAAACCAAUCCGCCGUCUAGGGAGCGGUCAGAGCAGGCCAGCAGACCACUCCAAAGGGUCCCUGCUCAGACCCUGCUCCCUGGCUUUUAGUUGUCUGCGUCUUGUAGUGACGACACAAGCACAAAGGUACUCAUUUGUUUCCAGGUGAUCUGUGGCUUUCAACUUUCCGAUUUCCGUAAGACGAAUAAUGAUUAUUUUUCUCUCUCAGAAAAAAUAAAUAAAUAAAUAGAACCAUAUAUAGUUCUAAUGGGAGAUGGGGCUUGCAGGAGCUGGCCAGAAAAUGAGAGAGGAUGAGGUGAAGCAGAAAGUGAAGCGGGCUGAGGGCGGGGCAAGAGGAGGAUCUAUCAAAAAGAGCACAUCACUGUUCAUCCCAGCCCCCAUGCCACAUGCUCAAGAGAGGCCCCUGGUGGCAGAUCGUGGUGCCCUUGUUGAGUCGGAUGCCAGCGUAUCUGCAGGGACUGGGUAUGGCGCAGAGGUCUCCAUACAUGUUCAACUGUGUGUUUCCGAUCAUGAAAACUUAUCCUUUCUGGAAAGGAGUGGAGCUCACAUUAAGAUGUUCUUGAGAUCCACAGUAUGACAGGAGGUGUGUGUGUUGGGGGGGGGGGGUGGCGGUGACAGUGGCCCAAAGCUCAAAAUGUACUUUGUGACAGUUUAACUGAAAUGAGAAGUCCACCUGGAUCCUUGGGCGUGUGCCCACCCCUCACACAUCCGACUAGCCUGACAGUCUCUAUCCCUCUGUCCCUGUCCAUGCGUUGGCCACCUUGUUUUCAUCCUUUCCAGUGUGCUAAGAACAUACUAGUGUUACUCGUCCACUGGGCAAGUAUUUGUAGUGACUUGCUCUCAGAAGCAAGAGCAACCAGUGACUUAGCUUUGUUUACACAUCUCCUCUGGACAACCCAGAGCCUUGUGAGGCACCAAAUCCACAUCAGCACCAGAACUGCUACAGGAACAGAACAGACACCCCCCCUCCCCAAAGCUGGGCUUACACCCAUCCAUCUCUGUUCCUCCUACCUCACUCAUUGCCCACUGCUGCCGACAAAUCCUUUUGCCCAGGACCCGAUUCUGGGGGUGAAGCUCCUUCGAGGAGACAUUUUGCUUGUAGCCUAUGCUUGCCACUAUGCUCAUUGGCCGUCCAUAUUGACCAAGAGCUUCUGGUGUAGGAAGGUGAGUUCUGACCGUUCAGGACACAGCAGUGGGUCCAUUGAGCUCUCUUUACACUGUCAGACCUGAAGAGAGGGAGAAAUGAAGAAAACAGGAUUCCAGGUCUGACUCUAUCAGGGACCAGUCAGUAAUCUUGUUCAUUUUAUCAUCUGUCAGCCUCAGUUUACCCAUUUGUCAAAGGAGGAAACAAAUCUCCAUGACUUCAGUCUCCUUGAGUCUACACUUGAUGGUAGCCAAAAAAAGCUGAGAAGAGAUAAGUCCCCUUGAUUCUAAACUGGAAGUUUUUCUGCCUGAAAUCACCAGAUCCCUUGCAUUUAUUUAUUCAUCCAUAUGAUGGGCAUCUAUUAAGUAAGUGCCUGUUGGAUGAAAUGUACUGUGCAAGU